AGCGACACUGCGCGGCUCUCUGGGCCAAUGGCGGACUCCCGCGGCGCGCGGGGUUCUGGGAGUUGUAGUCCGCGCGGCAGCGGCUGGACUCGCUCGCCUGCUGAGGCGCCGCCAUGAUGGAGCGGCCCUGGCCGGAGCGGAGCCCGCGCGCGACUUCAUCCCAGGACCCUGGAGGGUGCUGAGGGGCUGCAGUUCUUCACCCUGGAGUCUGCCUGGGGCGCACUUCCCUGCUCACCGGAGAGAAGGAAAUACACAUGUGAAAGUGUUACUACAGCAUAAGAGUAUUUUUGCCUGUGGUCUCAGCAGGAGUGAAGGAGCUUGUAAAUGCCCAGUCAGGCCAGCGGAAUCAAGAAGCAGGCGGGAAGACUGCUGGCAGGGCACAGCCCUCAUAAAUUCCACAGCAUGUGAACUUCCAGAAUGAUCUUGAUAUACAAGCUGCCACUUUGCUUUCCAGAAAGGUCGUGCCAGUUUGUACCUUCACUACUGGAUCAGCACAGAGUACAAGUAAGAGUCAUGAAGACAGCACAGUGAAGAUGAGAUAAGUGUGACAGCCUGAGCCAGAGCAUGGUGGCAUCCUGCUGUGGUAACAGCUGAGCUGGGAUCAACAUCAGAGAGGAGUAUGGGUGGGAACAGUGGGCCCCUGACUGCUGACUGCAUCUGCCUGCUGCUACCUGUGUUUGGAGCUGCUGGGACUGUCCUGGGAUCCAGCCUGCUUGCCCUCUGAGGCCGGAGAGAUGCUCCCAUUGGCCAAAGCCCUUGCCUCCCCCAGGAGUCCCCAGACCUCAGCCCUGGGGGAGCAGGACAGGGCUUCUCAGCUGGCCAGCCCCGGGGAUGCUGAGGCCUGGCGCCUGCGUUUCCGACAGUUCCAGUACCGCGUGGCAGGUGGGCCACACCGUGCACUGGGCCAGCUCUGGAUGCUGUGCCGCCAGUGGCUGCGGCCUGAGGCGCACUCCAAGGAGCAAAUGCUGGAGUUGCUGGUGCUGGAGCAGUUCCUGGGUGCGCUGCCCAGCAAGAUGAGGACCUGGGUGCAGUCGCAGGGUCCUCGCACCUGCAGAGAGGCCGCUAGCCUGGUGGAGGACCUCACACAGAUGUCGCAGCAGGAAGUUCUGGUAUCUCUCACCGACCACCAGGACAGGAGCAUCAGCGAGGAGGAAGACGGGAAGAGCCUGAGGUCCCAGAAAGACCCAUCCCAGGCAUCGGAGCUGGGGCUCCCCCAGGAGGGCGAGUGGCCGCAGCCUGCCCAGCCCCAGCGAAGUCCCCACACCAGGGCGGGGGCGGAGGCAUCCUGCACCCUGGGCUCACUCGGGCUUCGGCCUCCUAGCAUGAAGGCAGACACACAGAAGAUGCUGCAGCAUGGGGUCCCCUCAGCUGCCUGCCCAGGCCUGGGCUGCUCGCCUCUGAAGCCUAGCGUCUGGGAUGAACCUCCCUGUGGGCAGACUGGGGACAGAGCCCUGAGGAACAGACACUCCCUCCCCAGGCUGGCCCAGGACACACCUCAGGCUUCAGAAGAGGGUGUAAGGCAGGCAGGGGCUACCCCCAAGGACGCUGUGCUUAAGGGCACCAGAGGCCAAGGGCCUGCACCAGAGGGGCCCCUGCACCUGAGCCCUCAGCCCAGCCUGGUUGCAGACCCCAUCCUCCCAGGUGCUCAGAGCACGAGUCCCCCAAAGAGACUUGGGGACCGCGAUGUCGGCAGCACUCGCCUACCCUUACUCAAAGACACCAAAGCCUCCCCUGGAGAAGCGGGACAACCGGCUGCUGCCCCCUCCUCGGGGAGCCCAGCAGCGACCCAAGUCCCCUCAGGGACGCGGCCCUUCGCGUGUGCCGAGUGCGGGGAGGUCUUCACCUGGGUCACUCACUUCAUCGAGCACCAGAAGCGCCACCUGGAAGAGGGGCCCUUCCCGUGCCCCGAGUGCGGCAAGGCCUUUCUGCACGCUUCCGUCCUGGGGGAGCACCGGAAGAUCCACCUGCUGCAGCCGCCGCGCAAGAAGCCCCGGCGCGGCGGGGGCGAGGGGCCAGGGGAGGCCGGCCCCUUGGAAGCGGCGGGGCAGGCUCAGGACGCGGACGGAGACCGGCGCGGGGCGGCCGCUGGAGGAGAGCGGCCCUUCGAGUGCGGCGUCUGCGGGAAGGCCUUCCCCUGGAUGGUCCACCUCCUCGACCACCAGAAACUGCACACUGCGCAGUGAGCGGACGCGCGCCCC